AUGACUAUAAAACCAAGAGAGAAAGUGGCUGACGGCGAUGAUGAUCCCGUGGAGUCGAUGUUGAAGAAGGCCGGUUGCCUUGAUUUACAUUACAAAGUUCAGGAAUGUAUAAACACUACAAAAGACUGGAGGAAAUGCCAGACCGAAGUGAAUGAUUUUAGGAUAUGCAUCACGAAGCAUAAACAAGAAGAAACGUCCAGUUCAAAUAGA